CCACUUCUUUGGGCCUAUGGCGUGGAGCAGGAGGAGCCAUGUGUGCACUGUGGCGUGAGGGCUCCCGUCGGCUGGUCUUUGUUGUCUUAUUCAUCGCAGCCCGGUGCGCUGCCUUCGGGGCUGCGAGAGUCGGGAUGGCCAAGUGGUGGGUGCCGUCAGGACCUGGGAUGCUGCGGAAUAGCGCCGCGAGGUUGAUGCAGGAGGCCAUCGACACUGAACCUGCAGGUGGGUAGUGAUUCUGCAGGCACACCACACACACACACAGACACACACACACACAUCCAUAUCGCUUCUCGAAUGUCCCUCCCUUGUGCAGGCCAUGAGUUGUCUUUUAACCGUGAGGAUGUCAUGUGCACGCCUGCAUCUGCAGAGGGGGCAUCUGAUGAUGAGUCGGUGUCCAUCAACACCGUCACGCUGGCCGCUGCCGGUGACGGUGACGGGGGCAAUGCGGCGAAAGCUAAUCAAUCGUGCAUUGUGGUGUGCCACGGCUACGCCCUCGGCCUGGCGGCAUUUGCAAGGUGAGCUCUGCUGCCCACACACACUACCACCGCACAGCGACCGCCAUCACAAGAGCGUGUCUUCAGAGGCUUAGCAGCUUUCGUGACGAAGAACCCCACCAGAAGGUGCUGAGAUGCAGAAGGAAAUCCUGAGGCUGUCUGUGUGUCUUGUCUGUGUGUCUGGUGUGAUGAUUGGAUCAGCGUAUCGGCCAUCGACUGGCCAGGAAUGGGCGGAUCUGCCGAGCUGCCGUCCUCCUUUGUCCGUCGGGUGCGGGAGCUGGAGAGGGCCGCGGCGAGGGACUCAACACAGGGGGACCGAGUGGUCGAUGCGAUUGAAGACUAUUACACUGGUGAGGAGGUCAUCAACACACACACACACACACACACACAGCUGUGGGUAUAUAUGGCUUGGUUGGAUGUGUCAGAUUGUCUGGAGGCGUGGCGGCUGAAGCGAGGCGGCCGGAGGAUGAUCUUGUGUGGCCAUUCGUUGGGCGGAUAUCUGGCAACAGCCUACGCGCACCGCUUUCCGCAGAACGUCGACAAGCUCAUCCUGCUCUCCCCCGUCGGUCGGUGGGCCACCACACCACACCACACCACACCACACCAGCACACACAAAAACAAUACAUGCCCCUCCCUCUUUCUGCUUUGCCUGUGUCGGGGGGUGCAGGCAUCGAUGGCUCCAAAGGUCGCCUACAGCCGGCUGCCCCACUGACAGCGUCCACGGCAGACAGCGAGCCCGCCUCGCCGACGCACGACGCCAUCACAGCCACAGGCCCCGACAGCGGGCCAUCUCUGCCUGGUCCUGACGAGCAGCGGCCGCCAGAGAGACCACCCUCGCUCAUCGCACAGGUGGCCCAGGGCAUCAUGAGGUCUGCGUGGCGAUUUGACGUGACGCCGAUGGCCAUGAUGCGGUCACUGGGGCCGCUAGGUACUAGUGUAUGUCCGUCGGCGCAGCGAUGCACCCGUCGGGAGCUGCGUGUCUGUCUGUAUGUCUGUCUGUCUGUCUGUCUGUCGGCAGGUCCGUCGUUGCUGGCGGGGAUAUUGGGGCACAGGACGGCCGCCGUGUACCGACAGAAGGCUGUGAGAGACUACAGUUAGUUAGCAAAAGAUGGCCGGCGGCGGAGCUCUACUGAUGCUAUUCCAUGCGUACAGUGCUUGUGUGUGUGUGUGUAUCUAUCUGUGUGGCGUCUGUCAGUUUAUCACGUCAACGCCGGGAGAUCUGGUGGCGAUUUCAUCAUCACACGGCUGCUGCACCCAACAUUCGCCGCCAAGUGAGCGAGCGAUCGCCCAUCCCAUUCGCCAUUCCAUUGGUCAUUGUCCGAUUGUGUCUGUGUCUUUGCAGGCGUCCGUUGGAGAAAUGCAUUGCUGAGCUGCCGAUGAAGGUCUGCUUUGCAUUCGGUCAGCGCAGCUGCGGUGGCCACACAGACAAACAGCACACCAGCACAACCUCUGUGUGCAGCCAUGUGUCUGUGUGUGUGUGUGUGUGUGUGUGUAUACAGGUUCUGAGGACUGGGUGGAUGCGACGCCCGCAAGGCGUCUUCAGCAGCAGCACCCUCAGGUGUGUUGUGUGUGCACGUCACGUGCCAAGACAGAGAGACAGACACACCUGUCUGUCUCACUUGUCUGUCUGUGUUGAAACCGUCAGCGCAUCCAGGUUUCCGUUGUGAAGGACUGCGGCCACCAAAUCGCCCUCGAGAACCCAACAGGUAUAUAGGUCAAUGGCACAAUGAAUGCCCCUGAGCCGUCGUGUGUGGACCUGUGUCAUGCAUUCAACCGUCCAUACGCUCCUGCAGGUUUUGCCAGCUAUCUCGAGUCGGUGGUCUGACUGAUUGAUAUAGAUGCAUAGAUGGACAGCCACGACUGCUGCACGGACGCAUGUGUGGCGCAUGGCAUGGCGAGAGAGGAGCGGGGCAGAAUAGGCUUUGUUUGUUUGCUUGUGGUGAGAUAGAGGGCGGUGGGUUGGUAGAGUGGUGCGUGUGGGGCGAGGCCGCAUCCACUGGCAGCCGUGGCGGGGGCGGUCGUUGGUUUGGUUGCAACCGGUGAAGACAAGUACGGCACGGUGUCCAUGGAGGUGGGAAACGACUUCCAUCGACCCUCAUCAACAGACCGCUUUGGAUGCAUCCA